ACAAUUAUUACCGCAGAAGACAAACAACUCUUCAAUCAUUUGAUCCAAACAUUGAGUCAAUUCACGGACAAGACAUCACUCGAAGAGCAGAUCCCAAGAAGUAAUGAAAUUGUUGUCAAACCUGUUGUCGAGAAUACAAUUGAAAUAAAGAGUCCAUCAGUUGUGCGAAGAAGUGAUGAAACGAUUACCACUUCUUCAGAGGAAAAGACAAUCAAAACAAAUAAAAAAAUAAUUGAGACAAACGUUAGAAGAAGUGGAAGAACUGAUCGCAAAGUCUAUACAUCUGUACUGAAGACAUCAAGAGAUCCAAAUCAUGUCCCGAAACCCAAACCUGAGCCCAAAGUGUAUGCAAUACCUGAUCCCGAAUCGGAUCCCAAUUCACUCCUAUUAUUACGAAGAGAUAAUUACGACCCGAAGACACAGCAGUUUAUGUGUCCUAACCCUCACUGCCGUAAAGGGUUUGUUUCUUCGCGUAGGCUUUACCAUCACUUCCAUCUCUCCCAUCACAUGAAGAAGACAAUUGUUUGUCAAGAAUUAAAUUGUGAUCGACUUUUUCGGUUAAAGAGUGAACUCAAAUACCAUUUAAGACAAGUUCACAGCGAUUACCGUCCCUUUGAGUGCUCGGAAAAGGGCUGCGAUUUUAAGUGUAAAUCUGAAGCACAACUCAAUUCCCAUUCAGUGAUUCAUUCAGACAUCCAUUCAUUCAAAUGCAAUGAAUGCGAGAAAACAUUCAAAACUCAAUACAGACUUAACUUUCAUUUAAAACUUCAUUUAAAUGAAGACAAUUUUAAAUGUCGUUACGAGGGAUGCAAUCAAUUCUUCAGGAAUUCAUUCCAACUCCAGAGGCAUAGGAUAGUGGUCCACAACGCGCACCAAAUAAUGUACUCCUGUGAAUGGCCCGCAUGUGGCUAUCGGACUGACCGCUCGGGUUCAAUUAAAAAUCACCGCCGUAUCCAUACGGGUGAGCGACCCUUCGAGUGCCGGUGGCCGGCGUGUGGUAAACGGUUUCGUAUAGUAAAGGGUCGCACAGAUCACGAGCGGAUCCACUCAAAUACGAAGAACUAUGUGUGUCAUUGGCCCGGAUGUGGCUAUCGGUGUGUUAUUGGCGCUAAUCUUAAGAAACAUAUGAAAAUGAGUUUAAAGGGAAACCAGAAGUCAGUUAUGAUUAAUGAGUUUAAAGGGAAACCAGAAACAAUUAUUACCGCAGAAGACAAACAACUCUUCAAUCAUUUGAUCCAAACAUUGAGUCAAUUCACUGACAAGACAUCACUCGAAGAGAAGAUCUCAAGAAGUAAUGAAAUUGUUGUCAAACCUGUUGUCGAGAAUACAAUUGAAAUAAAGAGUCCAUCAGUUGUGCGAAGAAGUGAUGAAACGAUUACCACUUCUUCUGAAGAAAAGACAAUUAAAAUAAAUAAAACAAUAAUUGAGACAAACGUUAGAAGAAGUGGAAGAACUGAACGCAAAGUUUAUACAACUGUAUUGAAGACACCGAGAGAUUUAAAUCAUGUCCCGAAACCCAAACCUGAGCCCAAAGUGUAUGCAAUACCUGAUCCCGAAUCGGAUCCCAAUUCACUCCUAUUAUUACGAAGAGAUAAUUACGACCCGAAGACUCAGCAGUUUAUGUGUCCUAACCCUCACUGCCGUAAAGGGUUUAUUACUUCGCGUAGGCUUUACAAACACUUCCACGUCUCCCAUCACAUGAAGCGGACAAUUGUUUGUCAAGAAUUAAAUUGUGAUAAACUUUUUCGGACAAAGAAUGAACUCAAAUGUCAUAUAAGACAAGUUCACAGCGAUUACCGACCCUUUGAGUGCUCGCAAAAGGGCUGCGAUUUUAAGUGUAAAACUGCACAACAACUCAAUACACAUUCAGUUAUCCAUUCAAACAUCCAUUCAUUCAAAUGCAAUGAAUGCGAGAAAACAUUCAAAACUCAAUACAGACUUAAUAUUCAUUUGAAGAUUCAUUUAAAUGAAGACACUUUCAGAUGUCGUUACGAGGGAUGCAAUCAGUUCUUCAGGAAUUCAUUCCAACUCCGGAGACAUAAGAUAGUGGUCCACAACGCGCACCAAAAAGUAUACGCCUGUGAAUGGCCCGCAUGUGACUAUCGGACCAAAUGGUGGGAACACUUAAAUAUGCACAGAUGUGUCCAUACGGGUGAGCGACCAUUUGAGUGCCGGUGGCCGGCGUGUGGUAAACGGUUUCGUUUUCGAAAGGGUCGCACAGAUCACGAGCGGAUCCAUUCAAAUACGAAGAACUAUGUGUGUCAUUGGCCCGGAUGUGGCUAUCGGUGCGUUCAGAGCACUAAUCUUAACAAACAUAUGAAAGUACAUAAAAACUUGAAGAGCGCUUCCACUCAUGAGUCUGUGUCCAAACAAUUCCAGCGAUUGAUUUACAACGACAUCGUUGAGAUUAUUAUUAACGACAAAUUUAUUGUAACGAAGAAUUGGGUCAUAAAUUCAUUGCAUUUCUCCAGAAGAAGUGCCCAAAUUUAUUACCACAAUCGGUAUAACUCUCCGCCAUCAGGACUGAUGGUUCACGUGUUCCGAGCCAUCAAUCACUUGAGACACAAGUGGCCACUACUGGAGACUAUACGUGUGAAUGUGUUUCCAUUAUAUGACGAGCACGACAUCGAUCACCAAUUGUUUGCCUAUUUAUUGCCCACAUUUGGACCAAUGGUUGCGUGUGUUGUGAGCGGAACCGAUCAUCUCAACCAAUAUCUGCACUUAUGUCCCAAUUUAGUAAAACUGGAGAUUUCUGGCAUCAAUUCUACUCUCUCUUCAGAUGGCAAUCAUUUACCGCUAUUUAUUGGCCUCAAAGAGUGUCACUUCUUUCGUGUUAACCCUUAA